AUGAGCUGUGAUGUUGUGGAAGCUCCAGACUGGCCAGCCCCGGAAGCCGAAGUAGGAGAAAAGACUGUAUUCAGAAGAAUGUUUUAUUUUGGAACAAUAUUUGCUUUCUCCACUAUUACAAUGAUUGGCGCAGUUACAACUUUCUUUGCACUUCAGUGGAUGCCAGUAACCUCAUACAUGGGGCUUUUCAACACACUUACAUUUCUUCUCUGGAAUUAUCUGACGAUUGGGAACUUAUUCAAUGCUUCCUUCUUCGGUCCUGGAUAUGUUCCUCGUGGUUGGAAACCGGCAAACAAAGAACAUGAGAAAAAAUUGCAGUUCUGUGUACCAUGUGACGGAUUCAAAGUACCCAGAUCGCAUCAUUGCUCGAAAUGCAAUCGAUGUUGUAUGAAAAUGGACCAUCAUUGUCCAUGGAUCAACAACUGCGUCGGUCACCGUAAUCAUCAAUACUUCCUCCGGUUUUUGUUUUUCUCCGUUGUCGGAUGUAUUCAUGCUACUAUCAUUGACGGUUUCGCACUCUAUCAUGCCUUCUUUGCCGGUUGGUAUCAAAGAUAUGGCGAUGGCACAGAACCAAUCAUCCUUUUGACAAUGUACUCUUUCAUUGCUCUGAUUUUCGCUAUUGCCAUGGCUACAGCAGUUGCUCUCGCACUCACUUUCCUGUUCGUCACCCAAUUACGUUAUGUCGUUCGUAAUAGGAAUGGAAUUGAAGAUUAUAUUCAUGGAAAAUCACUUAAUAUGAGGAAAGUUCAUGAAAACGACGACGAGGAAGAAAUUGAAUGGAUCAAAAGUUUGGGGGAGUGGACAUAUCCAUAUGAUCUCGGCUGGAAGAGAAAUUGCAGAGAAGUAUUCAUUGGAUUAUUUGAUGGUAGAACGAAAGGAAACGGUACUUGGUGGCCUGUAGUUGAAGGAUGUACCCAGUUUACUUUUACUAUUGAUCAGCUUCUUCAAAAACAAUCGAAACGAGGGCGUGCCCGCAUUAUCACUAUAGGAGAAGACUUUGAUGGAACUUGUUGCGGUUCUCGUAGAUUCGGAUGGAAAAUUUGGGCCAAACAACCUAUCAUAGAUGGAAAGUGCUUGAAGGUGUCAGCUGGUGAGACAAUUGUUGCAACUCGUGGAGUUUCUGGAUGGGUGUACGGUUUCCGCGAAUCAGAAUCCCGAAACAAAGGAUGGUUCCCUAUUGCAAUUACAAACUUGAAACGAAACGGCGAUCCUAAGACAGAAGAAUCAGCGAGUAGUGAAGAAGAUAAAACAGAUGAUACUGUAUCUUCAGAAGAAAAGAAAGAUCAAUAA